CCGGUUCCAAGUCGGAUCCUGUGUCCAGGUCCGAUUCCGUAUCCAGACAGGCAGCCCAUCCUCCACGCUCGGAUACCACGAUGAAGUUAAUCGUUGCUAAUUCGAAGGAGGUCUCGCAUGCCCCCACCGAUCGUCGAUCAUACGACAAACCUUCCGGCUCUUCCCGUCACUUCGCAAUAUACCCAACCGCAGUGCCGGACACGUAUGUUUACGAACGGUCUGUGUCUUCGAAAUCUGACUUCUAUUCGACCUCGGACAUCAUGAGCGACGAUACGGAUAGCAUAGACGAGCCUAUCUUCUUGCCCCUUUUCUCACACAAUUCGUCUUCAUCUAGUAGUAGUACCGAAGCUCUCCCGGAUACCGCAUUGCUGGAGUAUCCCACGGAGCAGGUGGUCGCUGAACGCUCUCGUUCCAGUUCUCGUUCGCCAUCGCCGCCCACCCAGCGAAGCUCUGCUGCCAAUACGCACCCUCGCAAUCAUUCACAGACACCUGUCAACGAUGCAAGGGUCGUACUACUUACUUCUAAGGCGGACUAUGCAUCGUCACGGCCUCUCCCAACCCCGCCUAUACCCUUUAACCACUAUAACGACAGUGCUGCCCCAGCAGGCGAGCGUGUUACAUUAUCAGAUGGGACAACAUAUGUUCGUCCCCGCUUACCUUCUUCAGGGCUAGGAGACAGACCAUCAGGUCUUGCUCCCACUCAGCGCCACCGGGAGCGCCAGACAUCUAUCUCGCAACAAAACAGCAUUCAACCUGGCAGACGAAGUUCUCCAGAGGCAGGCACUAUACCAUCUCAAAAGAGGCAGACACCGGUGUCUAGAGAUACUUCUCUGGGGAUUCCUCCUCCUCCUGGACUAGGGAAUGUAGAGUUACCUGAAGAUACACAUGCUUUAUCAGACUCUCCCGAACCAUAUCAGAGCCGAUUCUCCGACCCUCAUGUUGCUGUCAUGCCACAGCGAAGGAAUUCGGAUGGUGAUCAGUCUCGGGUCUUGCUACCUAAACCUGUACGUUCCAAUACGGCGCCUCCCACUCGCUCCGUGCGAUGGAACGAUAAUUUAAUAUGUCCAUCUCCCAUACAUGCAUGCCAGAGAAGGAAGGGUUGGUUCAAUCGUCGAGGUGACCAAUUGUGGACUAAUGAUGGAGCAUAUAAACCACCAGCACCAGGUCAGGAGUACCCAAUAGAUCUCGAUGGAUAUCCGGAACCGCCUGAAGGCUGGCAGAACGAAGAGGGUGUUCGCAUUGAUAUUCGCCAUCGCCUAAUCCCCAAAGUCCCUCUACGUUCUGCGCUAAAACGGCCCAGACCUCAGGAACAAAUUGCGGGAUACAUCACUGGGUCUGAUAAUCCCUGAAACCUCA